CACGCACGCACACAUUUCUCCAAAAUUUUGAUCCCUCCUCGCCCCGGACUCGGCUUCGCUGUCUCGAUCACCCCAAAUUUUUCGCGCACAAUCCAACCAAACAAACAUCGCCAUAUAUGCACGCACAUGUGAUAUAUAGAUAUAUACACAGAAAGAUUGUAUAGAAUAUAUAUAUGGAUCCAGAGGAUAAGGUGGCGGCGAUGGUGGAGGAAGAGGAAGAAGAAUUGGAGGAGCAAAUGGACAGCUUGACCCUCGAACGAGUCGCGGCGGCCAAGAAAUUCAUUGAGGAUCAUUAUAAAAGCCAUAUGAAAGACAUGCAGGAACGCAGAGAAAGGCGUCAACUUCUAGAGAAGAUGAUAGCUAAUUCUGAUGUAUCAGAGGAGGAGCAGAUGAACCUUUUGAUUGAAUUGCAGCGUAAAGAGACAGAGUAUAUGCGUCUUAAAAGGCACAAGAUUUCCGUAGAUGAUUUUGAUCUCUUAACUAUUAUAGGGAGAGGAGCCUUUGGAGAGGUUAGACUUUGUCGGGAGAAAAUAUCUGGUAAAAUAUAUGCAAUGAAGAAGUUAAAGAAGUCAGAAAUGGUUAGCAGGGGACAGGUUGAACAUGUCAGAGCUGAAAGAAAUCUGCUUGCCGAAGUUGCUAGUCACUUUAUUGUGAAACUUUAUUAUUCAUUUCAAGAUGCCGAAUACUUGUAUCUUGUAAUGGAAUACCUACCUGGUGGUGACAUAAUGACUUUACUAAUUAGGGAGGAGACCUUAACUGAAACUGUCGCUAGAUUUUACAUUGCUCAAAGUGUUCUGGCAAUAGAGUCUAUUCACAAGCAUAACUACGUCCACAGAGAUAUUAAACCUGACAACCUUCUGUUGGACAAAAAUGGUCAUAUGAAGCUUUCUGAUUUUGGCCUUUGCAAACCUCUCAACUUCGAAAAUUUAUCUUGUAUGAACGCAAAGGAACCAAUGAAUGAAAGUGAACUACUUGAUGCCAAUGGAUGCUUACCUGAUAAGGGAGAUGGAAGCAGCUGGAAGAGUCCCCUUGAACAAAUGCAGCAUUGGCAAAUGAACAGGAGGACAUUGGCAUUUUCAACUGUUGGCACGCCUGAUUACAUUGCUCCAGAAGUAUUAUUAAAGAAAGGUUAUGGUCUGGAGUGUGAUUGGUGGUCACUUGGAGCUAUUAUGUAUGAGAUGCUGGUCGGUUAUGCUCCGUUCUACUCUGAUAAUCCAAUAACAACAUGCAGAAAGAUUGUACACUGGAGAAAUCACUUAAUAUUUCCAAAUGAUGUGAGGGUAUCUCCAGAAGCAAGGGACCUGAUUCGUCGGUUGCUUUGUGAUGUUGAAAUUAGACUAGGUUCUAAUGGGGCAGAAGAAAUAAAGGCUCAUCCUUGGUUCAAAGAUAUACAGUGGGACAAACUUUAUGACAUAGAUGCAGCAUAUAAACCAGAGGUCAACGGGGAACUUGAUACUCAAAACUUUAUAAAAUAUGACGAGGUACAGUAUUGUUGUCACAUAUAUUACUCUGUGUGCUGGCUUUAAAUCGAUGGCUUGAAUCAAUGUGCGGGUUUUAAAUCAUUGCAACAGAAUGCCCAGACGUGCUUAAAUAAACCUCUAGUUAUGGGUACAAAGCGUUGGGAUAUCAAAACGGCAUGUUUUCUAGAGCUUAAAAUAUAAUUCAAGUUGAUCAAACAUACUUUUUGUCCACAUUUUUAGUAGGUCCCAUAAUUUUUAUCUACUUAUUAUCAACACAUUCUGUAGGUUCAACUGCUUAUAAGCACUAUUAAACAAGGACAAAAUGUUCACAAGAUACACAUAGCGGAAAACUGUGACGUUGAGAUGGAUAUAUGGCCAUGGAGAUAAAAUAUGAAAUGAGAAUAUGCAUCUGUAAAUGUUGGCGACAAUGAUUGAGGGAGAAUUAAAGGAAUG